AUGCGUUAUGCAAAGGUUUAUGCUCCGGCUUUAUUAAUCCACCAAAGUGACUAUUGGGUAAAUGUUUCAGUGUGGGCGGGGGCGUUGAGCGCCGCGAUCUCUCGUGGUUCAGCACCGCUGGUUGUGGGUGCGUGUCGUCGUGGCAAUACGAGGCUUACGGCGGUGAUUGGUGGCCUUGUGCUGGCUCUGGCGUCGCUCUUCACCUCGUUCGCCGUCCAGAUGCAUCAAGUGCUCCUUAGCUACGGCCUGGUGCUGGGCACAGGAGCUGGCCUUGUGAGGGAAACCGCCAGUCUGGUAUUGGGCAAUUACUUCAGAAAACGGCGAGAGUUCGUCGAGAUGGUGGUGCAGGCUGGCACCGGCGUGGGAAUAGUGCUCUUCAGCGUCGUCUACAAAGAAGCAGUCGGGAAGCUGGGCUGGCGACCGGGACUUCAAUCGGUAACCGGAGCGCUCUCGUUGGCCUUCUUUCUGGGGCUGAUUUACCGGAGUGCCUCGCUGUACCACCCUCAACGGCGAGCCAUACUGCAUCUAAAGAAUCAGCGCAACAAAGUCAAAGAGAAGAAAUCCGCGACCAAGAUACCAAGGCAGCCGUUGGUCGACCUGAGUCCUCUGGGAUCGCGUCCUGUGAGAAUGCUCAUGCUGGCUGCCGGUGCUGCUGGUUUCGGUCUUUACACCCCCGCCUUCUAUAUCGCUCUGCAAGGCUACCAGGAUGGAUUAGAGGCCAGCGCCUUGGUACUGCUACAGACCUUUCUAGGCCUGGCGGCGGCACUCGGAUGCGCGGCUUUGGGAGUAGUUAUCGUCAGACCUUCCGCUCAGUGCCUAGUGUCCAGGCAAUAUCUCUGUCAAGCGGCACUCAUUGGGGUUGCCGUAGCUCAAGUGGCGCUUGGUAGCGUGCAAGGUUAUCACGGACUUGUGCUGGCCUCCGCACUUUAUGGCGCCUCGCUCGGCGGUACGCUUUAUUCCCUGAAGAUGCUGGCGCUGGAGAGGUUGCGAGCGAGACACUUUGCCAGAUCGUGGGCUUUGGUGCAAGCCGCGGAAGCCCUGCCCAUCCUUCUUGGAGUUCCUCUCACAGGUUACAUGAACGCGAGCAGCCCGCGAGUGGGUUACUACGCGUGCACGCUGAGUUCCUUGUGCGGCGCGGCGCUCCUCUUCCUGGUCGGCUGGGGACGGCAGCCAGCAUCGCCGGUUCUACCAGGACCGCGUCUUUCGAGCCUUGGCAUCGUACCGCCGCCACCGCCAUGCGCGUGCCCGCCACCACCGCGGCCCCGGCUGCCCAAGUCGCAGGCCCUACACGUGCCGCUGGACGUCGAAGACGGUAUGCGCGAACGCGAGUUCGUCGAGCGGGUGCAUCACGACCACCACCCGAUCGUCGACCACUACUGCCAUCCGCAGUUCCAUACGCCGCUGAGACCCAGCAAAAGCGUGCCAGAGGGCCUCGGCCAUCAGGACCCGUACCGGACCCGGCCGCGACGUCACCGUGACAUUACCGUCAUAGAACAGAUUACCACCAGCGUGUAAGACGAAGGGGUUUACCCGACCCCGUCGGCGCGUCAUUAGGCUACUGGGAACCAGA